AAAAAUUGAUUUAUGUGAAAAAACAGAGACCAAAUACAUCCAAUCUUGAGAUCCAUUUGACGACAGAAAACAAUAAAGAAUCUCAAUAAUUUAGUCAAAUUCAGAUCAGAUUAUACACUCUAUAAGAAUCAUGCAACUUCUUCAUCAAUUUUGAUCCAAAAAAAUGGCAGCAGCAGGGAAUGCAUAUCUGGGUUCAUUGAAGCAGAGCUUCCAUGAAACAAGCAAAGAAAGAUUGUUACUACUCAGAAAAGGCUACUCAGACUUGAGUGUAGGUGGUGGUGGUGGUUUUACUGGAAACGAGAACUUUCUAGAACGUAUUCGUUAUCGAGUUUCUGAGUACUGUAACAAUGUCAAACAAGCUGCAAGUAAAGCAGUUAAAAUGGGUCGCAGUGAUCCGAGAAAGAUUAUCUUUUCUGCUAAAGUGGGUUUUGCUCUUGCCCUUGUUUCCAUUCUCAUUUUCUUCAAAGAACCCAUACCCUAUAUUGGUAGCCACUCCAUUUGGGCGAUUCUUACCGUUGUCGUCGUUUUUGAAUUCAGCAUAGGGGCGACGCUUAACAAAGGAUUUAACAGGGCUUUGGGGACAUUUUCUGCUGGAGGAUUAGCUUUGGGCAUUGCUGAACUGUCUCUUAUGGCUGGAGGAUUUCGAGAGAUUUUGAUUGUGAUCAGUGUAUUUAUUGCAGGAUUUUGUGCGACUUAUAUGAAAUUGUAUCCUCCACUGAAGGAGUAUGAAUAUGGAUUCCGGGUCUUCUUAUUGACAUAUUGUAUAGUGCUAGUAUCCGGGACUUCGGAUUUUGUAAAGACAGCUGUUUCUCGAUUGUUACUUAUUGGGGUUGGAGCUGCUGUUUGUUUGGUUAUUAAUAUAUGCAUCUUCCCCAUUUGGGCUGGUGAAGAUUUGCACAAAUUGGUGGUGAAAAACUUUAAGGGUGUCGCUACUUCUUUGGAAGGUUGUGUCAAUGACUAUUUGCAAUGUCUUGAAUACGAUAGGAUACCAUCAAAAAUUCUUCUUUACCAGGCAUCUGAUGAUCCUAUCUACAGUGGUUACAGGGCUGCUGUAGAGUCUACCAGCCAAGAAGCUUCUCUGUUAGCUUUUGCUGUGUGGGAACCCCCUCAUGGACGUUACAGAAUGCUCAAUUAUCCUUGGGCUGAAUAUACUAGAGUUAGUGGUGCACUACGGCAUUGUGCUUUCAUGAUAAUGGCAAUGCAUGGAUGUAUUCUUUCGGAAAUACAGGCAGCAUCUGAAUUAAGGCGGACUUUUAUGAAGGAGAUUCGGAGAGUUGGGACUGAAGGAGCUAAAGUGAUACGACUGCUUGGGGAGAAAGUUGAAAAGAUGGAGAAACUAAGCCCCGGAGAUCCUCUCAAAGAUGUUCAUGAAGCUGCUGAGGAUCUCCAAUUGUUGAUUGACCAAAAAUCUUAUCUUUUGGUUAAUGCAGAGAAUUGGGAAAGUUCAAAAAGACCUAAGAAGUUUGAAGAUCCUGAACGCCUACAAGAGCUUAAGGACAAUGAACCUAAACCAAUGGUAAUUAACUCCCUUAGUGAAGCAACUCUCCAUCUAAGGUCUGCUCACACAUUGAAACACAUGGAUACUCUUAAUCCAAAUGUAAGUGUCAACUUUUCUACUUCACAAUGGGGUUCCUCAGCAGAUGUAUUCGCGCAGCAGACAAUGUGGCCUUCACGGCUUUCACUUAUUGGAGAUGUGAUUUUAAAUGAACGUGAAGUACGGACUUUUGAAAGUGCUAGUACAUUAUCACUGGCAACAUUUACGUCCCUGUUGAUUGAGUUUGUUGCAAGACUUCAGAAUCUUCUACAUGCAUUUCAAGAGCUCAGUGAAAAGGCAAAAUUUAAGGAACCUGUAGAUACAAAAGAGGCAACUACUCUCUGAGGCAGGUUAUGUAACCGAUCCUGCUUUUAUUAUCGAGGGAACCUUUCUUUCUGCUAUUGACAAUCACAAAGUUGUUAUCAAUCAAAAACUUUCAUGUCAGGUUUUGGCUCUUGAGAUGAUUAUGUAUACUAUAACUAAGAACUGUAGAAAUGUCAAGAAAAGGUUUUUGUUCUGCAGCAUGUCUUCAGAGCUGUGAAUCCAAUAGAAAAAAAAUCUUCUUGACCCAAAAAGUGUAUUAGUGCAUGAAGAAGAGUAAAUUAUAAUAUUUGUACUUGUUUCUGAUGAAUCUGUAAAUUAUUCAAGAUCUUUAAAGGACAUUAGCUGGAUAUAUGGUCUUGUCAUGAUAUGCAGAUUGCAUCUCUAAAAGAUGCUCACAGAAGGACCUGUAUGAAUUAUAGUAAUUUAUUGGAAGUCAUUUAUUUAGCAUUC